UCAAGCUGAAUCGAAACGUAACGUAACCACCCACCACCAUAUUGAAAAAUAAAUUAGUUUAUCGAUGAUGAAUUGAUGAUGAGCAAGUGUUAUUAGUGUUUUUGAGUGUUAAAAGUUUAAUGUAUCAUAGAAAAAAUGGCUGGAAAUUUCGGAAUGCAGCAAUUAAUUCCCAUUGUAAACAAAUUGCAAGAUGCAUUUGUGCAAAUGGGCGUGCACAUGUCUUUAGAUCUUCCCCAAAUUGCAGUUGUGGGUGGUCAGUCCGCAGGAAAGAGUUCGGUGUUAGAAAACUUUGUAGGCAGGGACUUCCUACCCCGAGGUUCUGGCAUUGUAACGCGGCGGCCCUUGAUUCUUCAGCUAAUACAUGGAAAUACAGAAUAUGCGGAGUUCCUGCAUUGCAAAGGCAAGAAGUUUGUUGAUUUCAAUGAAGUACGUGCAGAGAUUGAAGCAGAAACGGACCGUAUCACUGGCUCUAACAAGGGCAUAUCACCAGUUCCGAUUAAUCUGCGUGUAUAUUCCCCAAAUGUGCUCAACUUGACCCUGAUUGAUUUGCCGGGUCUGACUAAGGUGCCCAUCGGCGACCAACCGGCAGACAUAGAACAACAGAUCAAAGGAAUGAUCUUCCAGUUCAUCAGACGUGAAUCCUGCCUAAUCCUCGCCGUUACUCCCGCUAACACAGAUUUGGCCAACAGCGAUGCCUUGAAACUUGCAAAAGAAGUCGACCCUCAAGGUCUACGCACUAUCGGUGUGAUUACGAAGUUGGAUUUGAUGGAUGAAGGCACGGAUGCGCGAGAUGUGCUUGAGAACAAACUGUUGCCUCUCCGACGCGGUUACAUUGGUGUUGUCAACCGAUCACAAAAGGACAUCGAUGGCCGCAAAGACAUCACCGCUGCUUUGGCAGCUGAGAGGAAGUUCUUCCUUAGCCACCCAUCAUACCGACAUUUGGCAGACCGGCUUGGUACCCCAUACCUGCAACGCGUAUUGAACCAGCAACUGACCAAUCACAUUAGGGAUACUCUUCCUGGCCUCCGAGAUAAGUUGCAGAAACAACUGCUCACACUUGAGAAAGAUGUCGACCAGUACAAACAUUUCAGACCCGAUGAUCCUUCAAUCAAAACUAAGGCUAUGUUGCAAAUGAUCCAGCAAUUGCAAACAGACUUUGAACGCACAAUAGAAGGUUCUGGCUCUGCACAGAUCAACACAAACGAACUAUCGGGCGGUGCUAAAAUCAAUCGGUUGUUCCAUGAACGAUUCCCCUUCGAGAUUGUCAAAAUGGAAUUUGACGAGAAGGAACUGCGUAGAGAGAUUGCAUUUGCUAUUAGGAAUAUUCACGGUAUUAGGGUGGGCUUGUUCACUCCUGAUAUGGCGUUCGAGGCUAUUGUAAAGAAACAAAUCGCGCGACUCAAGGAGCCCAGUUUGAAAUGCGUCGAUCUUGUCGUGGCUGAGCUGUCUAACGUCGUGCGCAUUUGCACCGAAAGGAUGUCCCGAUAUCCGAGAUUGCGUGAAGAGACUGAGCGCAUUAUCAUGUCUUACGUUCGUUCUCGCGAACAAAUGUGCAAGGACCAACUGGUACUGCUUAUCGACUGCGAGCUUGCUUACAUGAACACUAACCAUGAGGACUUCAUUGGAUUUGCCAAUGCUCAAAAUCAGUCUGAGAAUUCAACAAAGUCUGGACAUCGCGCGUUAGGCAACCAAGUCAUUAGGAAAGGAUACAUGUGCAUCCACAACUUGGGCAUUAUGAAAGGUGGUUCCAAAGAUUAUUGGUUCGUGUUGACCGCUGAGAGCAUCUCCUGGUUCAAAGACGAAGAGGAGCGAGAGAAGAAGUACAUGCUGCCCCUAGACGGUCUGAAACUGAGGGACUUGGAACAGGGCUUCAUGUCGCGCCGACAUAUGUUUGCACUCUUCAACCCUGAGGGCAGAAACGUCUACAAGGAUUACAAACAACUUGAGUUGUCGUGUGAGACACAAGAUGAUGUCGACUCUUGGAAGGCAUCCUUCCUCCGCGCCGGUGUCUACCCAGAGAAGACCUCCGAAGCCGCCAAUGGAGACGAGAGUUCGGACAGCUCAGGCACAAGUAGCAUGGACCCUCAGCUCGAGAGACAGGUGGAGACCAUCAGGAAUCUGGUCGACUCUUACAUGCGCAUCGUGACAAAGACGACGCGAGAUCUCGUUCCCAAGACCAUCAUGAUGAUGAUCAUCAAUAAUGCCAAAGACUUUAUUAACGGGGAGCUGCUUGCACAUCUAUAUGCUUCCGGCGAUCAAUCACAAAUGAUGGAAGAGUCCCCAGAGGAGGCUCUGAAGCGCGAAGAGAUGUUGCGCAUGUACCAUGCUUGUAAAGAAGCGUUGCGGAUCAUUGGUGACGUUUCCAUGGCGACGGUGAGCACGCCUGUUCCUCCGCCAGUAAAGAACGACUGGCUGGAGAGUCGCCUGGACUCCAACCCGCGACUGUCGCCGCCCUCUCCCGGCGGACCACGCAGAGCUGCGCCUGCGCAGCAAGGAUCGCUAGGCGGACGUGGAGCUCCCCCUCCUCCGGGCGGUGGUACAGGCAGGCCUGCGCCCCCGCUGCCGUCUCGUCCCGGUGGCGGAGCCCCACCGCCACCCUCCGUGCGCCCCGCACCUGGACAGCCUGGCCUUCCAGCGCCACUUGUGCCCACGCGGCGCUAAGCGGCCCGGCGCGUGCGCACUAACUCACUAACAUAAGUUACGUAUCGACGUAAGGCACUAACUACGAACUUGUUAACUUAUUACACGUUGACACCAGAGUAACUGCCCCAGCUAACCGUAAAGUUACCUUACUGUUCAUCAGUGAACAUAAAAACUAAUUUCUUAUCUCUAAGAUCCAUUUCUUGUUUUUCGUCUAAGAACAUUGGAUCAGUGACGAGAUUGUAGUAAGUUAACAAAUAUCGACAAAUUUAUAAAUAAUUAUACAUAUGUUAUAUACAAUAUUAUUAUUAGUCAUGUAAAUGAUCAAUACUUAUGAUACGUAUGAAAAAAAUGUUGCUUCCAUAAAAUUAUUAAAGUAAUAGUGGAAUUUAUUACCUUUUGGUAGAACACAAAUUAAAGAUAAAUUAUAUUCUGCUUAUGAAUCCUCUGCUGGCAGCCGUUCGUUAAACGAACCUUUUUAAUAAUAUAUACGUUGAACGUUUUAUUUAGAUGUCUAUUUUUUAUUCCAUAAUGUGUAAUUAACUUUCUGAAUGUUAUAUUUUUGAUGCAACUGGUUGUGUACUCAUCGAACAGUACAGGCUGCCCGCAGACCGAUCCAUAUUCUACGUAAACAGUAUCCGUUAUAAUAUUACGAUGAAUAAAUGUCUAUGCAAGAGUUACCUUCAAUAUAUUCGUGUGACUAUAAUAAGAAACAAGCUGAAGGAGAGGCUAACAAUGAUUUAAUUUGGAUAUUUUGGUUUGAUUAACAAAAACUUGUUUUAUUACAACUAGUUUAGAUCAAUUUUUGCAAUGUGUUAACAAUAUCGAAGCACCGCAUGCUUUUUGGCACUAAUUUGUGUGAUCCUCGUGAUUUUAUUAUUUUAUUAAUAUCGUUCGGAUUAUUUUUUUCUUUGGUCGUGUAUCUAUUUCUUUAUGGGGAUUCAAAGUUAAGUAUGAAUAUGUCUAUGCUCUUUGCAGUAUGAUGAAUAAACAAAUAUGUCUACUAUCUAGGAAAUAUCAAUGUAGAAAUUUUGUAUAGUACUCUCGAUAAAGUGUAAUAUUGUGUAGUUGUAGUGAUGUAUGAUACAGAAUCAUUCACAGUUACCCUGUAAGAGUUGUAUGUCAGAACAUCUUGAUAAUUAAUUAAACAAACACUUGCAUUAUUAUGGCGGUUACGUUACUCCGAAAUGUCUUACAGAGAAGCUGUGACAGCUUUAGAGCAACUUGAUGUUAUUGUUACAUAGGACUUUCUGUCUCUUUCUUCUUUGUAUUUAAUGUUCGUAUUUGACUGUUACUCUACCCUUCUACUACAAAACACGUAUCAUGGAUGCACAAAGGAUUCUUUAUAUCAUUCUCCCCAUCACAUUUGCUUUGUGUUUGUUAUAAUCAUUUUUGAAAAGGAAAUAUUCGUCAUAAAAUAUAUAGGAGGCCUGGAGGUGGACUGCCCGCGGGCACAGUAGCCGGCGUGAUGAACCAGAUGCCGCCACAUAUGCGCCAGCAGGUCAACCAGGCCGUCGGUCAGGCCGUCACCAACGCCGCCAUCAACGAACUUAGCUCCGCCUUCGCCAGAUUCAACCGUCCGGGGCCGAACAUGCCGCCCAAGCUGCCUGAGAGGCCGCAGAACGGCCGGCCAUACUGAACGCGCCAACUUCGCCGCCCUUGUGAUACUAAGCAACUAUGUAAAUAUGUUCCCUACCGUGUACCUACUUUGCUUACAAUUAUUUAAUGCUUAGCAUUGACUAAUGACUAUAAGUCGAUGAAUUCGUAAAUUUUAAUGAAAGUAGUUCAAUUUGUUAUUUUCUAAAUAUGAGCCCGUUAACAUGCGCUUGCUGAUUGCGAAUUAGGUUAUGUAAGACGAGGAACUUAAAUAAAUUUAUGUACUAAGUUAUUGAGAUACUAAUUUAUGGUCGCGUUUAUUGGCCUAAUUGUUAUGACGUCGAAUAACUGUUAUUCUAAUGUUAACCAAGCAAAGUGAUUAGAUUGUGUCUGUACGUACAUUUCGUAAUAAUGUAAUUCUAUUUACAGCACUAGCACGCGAUCUUUUACAUGUAUGUACUUAUAUUGACACAUUUACAUCUGUUGGAAAUCAAAUUGUUAAAUUCUCCAAAAUGUUUCUUAACAUCCUUUUAAUAGGAGCGAUAUGUGUAGCAAGUUGUCGGAUUUUCGACUGAUAUUAUAAGUAGGAUAUUGGCAUGUUUGUGAUAGAAGAGGCUACUCAAUAAAAUGGAUGGGCCUUCAGUAGAGAUGUACUUCACAUUUAUCGUGUUCUCGUGGCAUUUAGUAUUAAAGCCUGGCACCUGGCCUAUGGGGCGGCACUGCAUCGUGUUCAAAGAGAUUCUUAUGUAUAAACUAAGCAUUUAUAAAGUACUCCUCCGAUGUAUGUCUUCGCGCCUAACACUAGUCAAC